AUGUCUCCGCAACGCGGGGCCCCGGACAAUUACAGCAAACUGACGUCCCCGCAUUCCUUCAUCGAGUUGAUGUCGCUGCAGCGGCUCGAAGAUGCCUUGAUCUCAUUUCCCGAUUCCACCGAGUCAGAGAAGAUUGAGCGGUUCCGCUCGUUAGCAAGACCUUUCAAUCCUGGCCAGGGAACGCGCUCUUUCGGUGGACAUGUCUACGCCCAAUCAGCCUACGCAGCGUCCAAGACCGUCGGCCAGGGAUUAGUGAUUCACCCGAUAUCAGCACACACGCGCUUCGACUCAAUCCUCUCGGUAAAACGGCCAGAAGACCAGCCUCUCAGUCCCAGCGUGGAUGCAGAAUGGUGGAUUGAGGCUGUGCGGCAGGGAAAGUUCUCCGAGCACGAGUUUCCCGGUCUGGAUGUGCGCAAGACCGACAUGAAAGAUUACAACCGCGCCGGGGAUGUAAAGCAACAUCCUGAGCGAUAUCGCCAGCUAACGCAAUAUCGGCUCAAAGGGUCGCCUGAUGAGAAUCCUGCUGCCAGUUUGGCGCAGAUCCGGGAGAGGGAAGAAACUGGCCAAUAUGAUAAUUUGUAUGCGUGUGCGCAUAUGUAUUCCAGUGAUAAGAACUCGCUUUUUCUGAUUACACGGGCGCUGGGCAUCGACCACUGGACUGAGAUGGCGAGCCUUACGCUUACAUUUAUUCUGCAUCAGCACGGAGAAGCUCUGCGGAUGGUUGAUUGGGAAAUGAUUGGUGACGGCGAUGUUGCCGGGGUGAGUGAGUUUCCCAUGAAGUGGUUCGUGCAGGAGGGGUGGACGCCUCGGGCUGCAGAGAAUAGAGGGACGCAUGAGAGUCAUCUUUGGAGCCCCGAUGGGACACUACUGGCGACUUCUUUGCAGGAUAGUAUGUUGCGCUUGAAGAACUUAGGGCUUCCAAAUUUGUGA